CGUCCGAACAAAGUUCUCAACCUCCUGUCUCUUCGCCUUCUCGUACACAGUUUGCUAAAUAAAAAGAAGAUUAUUUCUCGGUGACAGUAGUGAACACUGCGGUGAACUUUCCAUAGCGACAAGAAAAUUCGUGAAACAUUUCUUGUCUAUCGCGAUUUUCUGGUUCUUUUGCGUUCCUGUAUUUUUCGUGGCUGCGUCAUUUUUCUCUAACAUUCUCCCUCUGUCUUCAUUUGUCACUCACCUUCUGUCUCUGUCGUGUCUCCGGGCCCCCUCUCUUCGUUCAUCCUUCCGUCAUCGUCUCGUGAGUCGCCUUGUGCGAGGCAGACGUGACACGAACGGAGCCACACGGAUUUAUAUAUUCGUGUACCACAAGAGAGUUUAACUGCUCCGUAAAUAUGGCGUGUGAACGGUGGUGCUUUAACCGUGGCUGUGUUCGAGCUACCAGCGGAUGGUUGUGCAUCCUGUUGCUGCUGGCCCUCUACGCAGUCGACCCGAGCUUCGCGGACAACGAGUUCAAUCGAUACCAGUACUAUGAGCUAGACAACUCGAGAGGAGAAUCGUUGGCCGAAUACGGACCGAUUGAAUUCUCCUAUGUGUCUGACAACGAGGAGGAACAUGAACUGGGUAGGUUACGUCGUGCCGCGGACGAUAAAACAUCAGUCACACCUGCACCGCUGCCCCACGAGCAACUGCAGCAGCAACAGCCACCGCCGCAACAGCAGCCACCACCGCAACAUUAUAUCACGGCACAGUCGCCACAGCCGCAGCCGCAGCCACAGCCACAGUCACAGUCACAGUCACAGCCUUAUCAGAACCAGCGAUCGCAGCAACAGCCACAGUCGGUCAUUAAUACGCCAAAUGCGCCAGCGAACGUUUCAUACUCGACGGACACCACUGAAUCGUCUACCGUUUCAUCCUCCUUGACGACUGCACCUACGAAGGCGAAGCAGGAAACCCCGAAUAUCGUCACCUUCCGGCAGCCAACGACAACCUCCACUCAGAUAAACACCCUGAGCAAAGAACCGGCUGUGCCAGUGGUCUGGGCCAAUCGCACAAGAUGGACCGGCGUGACCGAGAAAUCAACAGAAACGAACAAAAACUCGCAGAAGGUUGCAGAGGCCGUGACCACCGAAUCCACGGACAACGAGGACGAGUCCGAGAUCGAGGACAUCGGCUUGACGAACAAGACUUUGUCCGAGCACAAUAUCACGAAAACAGCGACCGAUACGCAUCAGUAUUACAAUAGCACGUUCAUCAUCGACGAGAUCGUGGGAAAGAAAUAUUGGGUGAACAUAGAUAAUCACCCGGAUCUCAAGGUUAAUCAUUUGCUCAGCCAGAGCCAUCGUCGGGCUGCGACGGUUAAGCUGAAAUUCGAUUUCCCGUUCUAUGGGCACAAAGUUCGGAACAUCACCAUCGCCACCGGUGGUUUUCUGUACACCGGCGAGUACGUUCACAGCUGGCUCGCCGCUACGCAAUACAUUGCGCCGUUGAUGGCGAAUUUCGAUACACGUCUAUCGAACGACAGUUACGUCAAGUACGCCGACAAUGGAACGGCGUUCACGGUUGUAUGGGAGAAGGUUGUCUUGCAAGACAAACCGGAUGCGGGCGCGUUCACCUUCCAGGUAACCCUUCAUCAAAACGGUGAUAUCGUUUUCGUCUACUCGGUGAUCCCACUGUUGGUCGAGCUCAUCGAGGAUACGGCUCAUCCCGUUAAAGUCGGCCUCAGCGAUGCUUAUAUCAUGGACAGAAUAGUGUUCUUUGUUCGCAGAAAAACAAUCUACGAGUACCAUCGCGUGAUCUUUAACCGGCAGGAUAUCAAGAAUUGGACGGUGAUCUACUUAAACGCAUUACCCACCUGCUUGGAGAUGGACAACUGCAGAGACUGCUUGACGAAACUGAAAGACUUCGACUGCAAAUGGUGUUCCGUGCUGAAUCAGUGCAGCACAGGGACGUUCAGGUCACGGCAAGAUUGGCUGUUGAAAGGUUGCGAUGUCAGGAAGGUAAAAGAUGUCGACAAUUGCCCGUUACCGACCACGACGUACAAGGAACACGAGGAAGAAUUCAAUGACGUUGUACACGUACACUCGGAAGAGACUGUCACUGUCAGUGAAAUGAGUAUGGAGCAGGACAGACACGGAACGAAUCCCUUGAAGCGUGCUCGAGCCAACAAUAUGAACAUGGGAGUUUCUGGAGUAAUUGGAAUCCUGCUGGUGGUCGGUUUAGUCGUAGGUUUAGUGGCCUGGGCUGCAUACGCUUAUCGUAAUCCUCAUAGUGCAUCUGGGCAGAUGUUAAUUAGGUAUCGUCCGAGUCAGUGGAGUUGGCGAAGGGGCGAAGCACGUUACACGGCGGCAACGAUUCACAUGUGAUGAGAUGUUAUACGUGAAUCACAGUCAGCAGUUAGUACAGAACUGUCGGACCAAAUUUCCUACUAAAUGUAAAACUGUACCAAGUUUUUACGUACGAGACCGUUUGUCUGCAACGAUGCGACCGUUGCAUCCGCCGAUUGCCAUGUC